UGGCAGAAGCCGACGCACACAGCAACAGCGCACGCACGCCAGAGACUUGAGGCUCCAAGCGAGCGCAGCCGAAGAGAAAAUAAUGGCCACGGCGACGGCCCUCUCCCUCGGCGGCGGCGCCCGCGGCGGCUGCGGCGGCGGUACUCCCCUCCUGCGCGGGUACACGGCCGCGGCGGCGGGUCGGUGCUGCGCGUUCCCCCGCUCGCGGUGGAGGCAGCCGCGCCUGGCGGCCUCCCGCGCGGACGACUCCUCGCCGGCGCCGUUCGAGAUGACGGUGGAGGGCGCGCUGAAGCUGCUAGGCGUCGCCGAGGGCGCGUCCUUCGAAGAAAUCCUGCGCGCCAAGAACGCCGUCCUCGCCUCCUGCAAGGACGACCAGGACGCCGUCGCCCAGGUGGAAGCUGCCUAUGACAUGUUGCUUAUGCAGAGUUUAUCGCAGCGGAGGGCUGGAAAGGUUGCUGAUAACAGCAUCCGCUAUGCUGAUGUUAAACCUGUAAAAAGUGCAGGAGCAGGGACUGUCCCGCAGUGGAUGCAGGCAACCAUGAAGAAUGCACCUAUUACAUUUGAGACUCCAUCUUCGAGCAGCUUGGGCAUCCAGUCAUGCGUUUAUGGUGCACUGAUGGUUUUCACAUAUGCUAGUGGAAGCUCUACAUCUUUACCAUCGGCAUACACUAGCCCUGAUGUUCCAGGUUUUAUCCUAGCAACAGGAUUUGGUGCGUCAUUGUAUUUCCUGGCAAAGAAAAAUAUGAACUUAGGUAAGGCUGCAUUGAUCACCGUCGGGGGACUUGCAGCUGGUGCGACUGUUGGAUCUGCAGUGGAGAAUUUCCUGCAGGUUGAUAUCGUGCCCUUUCUAGGCAUCCACUCCCCUGCUGUCGUUGUCAGCGAAUUUAUUCUCUUCUCCCAGUUGUUGGUAUCACUAUUUGUUAGGUAGGAUCUGAAAUCAAGCUGUCAACCUGGCAUGUAAUUAGCUGAAAUGGAUAUCAUGUUCGAAGAAGAGUCAGGAAACUGCUAUUCUCCACAGAUGGAAGCAGAUGUGUAUAGCAAACAAUAUAUUGACAUCUUUGUCGAUUAUAAAAAUCACCUGUAUCUAGUUCUAUCAAGCUCAAUCUGUGUUUCUGAAAGAAGCUUGUACGGGUUUCAAUGUAAAUUUGCAUUUUUCUGACAUCAAAGCAAAGCAUUUAAUUCUUUGGUA